UGUUCCAAUGAAUCACAUUCAUCGUCAUCAUCAUCAUCAUCUUCAUUUCUCCCCAUCUCCCAUGUGCUUCUUCUUCUUCGUCCUCUUCUUCUCUUCCACUAAUCACUAAUCGCCAUUAUCCCCACCCCAAAAAAAUGAACCCCAAAUUACUCCCAAUCUCCAUCUUCAUCUUCCUCCUCCUCCCGUCGGCGACGCUCUCCGACGACUCCGCCGCCAUGCUCGCCCUCCGCGCCGCCCUAAACCCCCCCGCCGACCUCUCCUGGUCCGACCCGGACCCAUGCUCCUGGCGCCUCGUCACCUGCUCCGACGACAACCGGGUCACCCGGAUCCAAAUCGGUCACCGCAACCUCAGCGGUACCCUACCCGAAUCCCUCUCCCUCCUCACCUCCCUCCAACAUCUGGAGCUCCAAUCCAACCGCAUUUCGGGGCCCCUACCCGCCCUCAGAAACCUCUCCUCCUUACAAGUCCUCGUCCUCAGCAACAACCUCUUUUCUUACAUCCCCGACGAUUUCUUCAUCGGAAUGACUUCCCUCCAGUCCCUCGAAAUCGACAACAACCCUUUCGCCGCCUGGAAGAUUCCCGACAGCCUCCGCAGCGCCUCCACCCUCCAGAACUUCUCCGCCAAUUCCGCCAACAUUUCCGGCGAGGUUCCGGCGUUCCUCGGCCCCGACGACUUCCCUAGCUUAACUGUUUUACAUUUGGCUCUUAACAGAUUGGAAGGCGAGCUGCCAUUGGAGCUCUCAGGCUCUCAGAUCGAAUCACUUUGGCUUAACGGUCAGAACCUUAAUGGGAGCAUUAACGUUGUCCAGAACAUGACAUUCUUGAAGGAUGUCUGGUUGCAUUCCAAUUCCUUCUCCGGACCACUCCCCGACUUCUCGAACCUUCGGAGCUUGGAGGUUUUGAGCCUCCGCGACAAUGGCUUCACCGGGCCUGUCCCGGCGUCCUUGAUCGAUCUUCCAUCGCUGAAAGUUGUGAACUUGACUAACAAUUUGUUGCAGGGGCCAAUGCCGAUGUUUGGGGAUAAUGUUGUCGUCGAUAUGUCCAAGGAUUCGAAUCGAUUUUGCUUGCCUACGCCCGGACAUUGCGAUCCGAGGGUCGAUGCUUUGAUUGCGAUCGUCGGAGCGAUGGAUUAUCCGAAGAAGUUCGCGGAUAAUUGGAAGGGGAAUGAUCCUUGCAACGAUUGGUUCGGACUAAGUUGUAAUGAUGGGAAUGUGACGAUUGUUAACUUCGAAAACAUGGCGCUUUCCGGCGCGAUUUCCCCGAGUUUCGCGUCACUUAAUUCGUUGCGAAGAUUGGUUCUUGCAAACAACAAUCUCUCCGGGACUAUCCCGGAGGAACUUACUACAUUGCCAGCACUAGCGGAGUUUGAUGUGUCGAAUAAUCGUCUUGUAGGGAAAGUUCCGAGUUUUGGGAGUAAUGUCAUUGUUAAGACAGAUGGGAAUUUAGGUAUUGGUAAAGACAUUGGCGGUUUGAACUCUACGAAUGGUUCUUCAACAAGUGGUUCUGGUUUUGGUUCUGGUUUGAAAUCGGGACGGGAUGGUGAGAAUUCGCGGAAUUGGAUUGGAGUUGUUGUGCUUUCGGUUGUUGGAGUUGUCGUCGUGGUUUGUAUAGCCGGAGUCGUCGGUUUUUGUUUGUACCGGAGUAAGCGAAAGCAAUUUGGUCGCGUACAAAGCCCGAACGCGAUGGUAAUUCAUCCGCACCAUUCGGGAUCGGAUAAUGAAAGCGUCAAGAUAACCGUCGCGGGGUCGAGCAUUAGCGUCGGUGCUAUGAGCGAAACACACACGAUCCCGACAAACGAGUCGAACGACGUUCAAAUGGUCGAGGCCGGGAACAUGGUGAUCUCCAUACAAGUGCUGAAAAAUGUGACGAACAACUUUAGCGAAGAGAACAUACUCGGGCAAGGAGGGUUCGGGACGGUGUACAAGGGCGAGCUACACGACGGGACGAAGAUUGCCGUGAAGAGAAUGGAGUGCGGAGCGAUCGCCGGGAAAGGCUCGACCGAGUUCAAGUCGGAGAUUGCGGUAUUGACGAAGGUCCGCCACCGCCAUCUCGUUGCGCUUCUCGGGUAUUGUCUCGACGGGAACGAGAAGCUUCUUGUGUACGAGUACAUGCCGCAGGGUACCCUUAGCCGUCACUUGUUCGAAUGGUCGAGCCAAGGGUUGAAACCGUUGGAAUGGAUGAGGAGAUUGACGAUAGCGUUGGACGUCGCUCGCGGCGUCGAAUACCUCCAUGGAUUAGCUCACCAAAGCUUCAUACACCGCGACCUUAAGCCGUCGAAUAUUCUCCUCAGCGACGAUAUGCGCGCAAAGGUCGCCGAUUUUGGCCUUGUUCGUCUCGCCCCCGACGGGAAGGCCUCCAUCGAGACACGAAUUGCCGGGACAUUCGGUUAUCUUGCGCCCGAAUACGCCGUGACGGGGAGAGUGACGACUAAAGUCGAUGUUUUUAGCUUCGGUGUCAUCCUAAUGGAGCUCGUAACCGGGAGGAAGGCGCUCGACGAGAGCCAGCCGGAGGAGAGCAUGCACCUCGUAACGUGGUUUCGAAGAAUGUACCUCAACAAGGACAAGAAGGACGACGUAUUCCAUAAGGCCAUCGACCCGGCGAUCGUCGAUCUCACGAACGACACGCUUACGAGCGUCGGGACCGUCGCGGAGCUCGCUUGCCAUUGCUGCGCCCGGGAGCCGUAUCAGCGGCCCGACAUGGGGCAUGCCGUGAACGUGCUGUCUUCGCUCGUCGAGCUCUGGAAACCGUCCGAUCAAAGCUCUGACGACAUUUACGGGAUCGACCUCGAGAUGUCGCUUCCGCAGGCGCUCAAGAAAUGGCAGGCGUUCGAAGGGCGGACGCAGGCGACAGAUGCGUCGUCGUCGUCGUAUCUUCCGAGCUUGGAUAACACGCAGACGAGCAUUCCGACGAGACCUUACGGGUUCGCCGAGUCGUUCACCUCGGCAGACGGCCGGUGAUUUACGAUCGUAUCGCGACGGCGAGGGGAGGGGAGGAUUGUGUUGUGUUUGUUAAUUCAUUGUCUUCCUCACGACAACCUUAGCAAUGGCGUGGCUGUCUCUAUUUGUUGUGCUAAUCGAAAUUUAGUUUGGUUUGCUGAUUUUAAGAUUAGUUUGAGUGUUUUCGUUGUUCUCUAUUUCUUUUCUGCAUAGCACUUUCUACCAUUUCUAUACAUGUUGCUUGUUCAUUCUUUAAUUGCUUUGUGUAAUAAUCUUUAAAAAUUAGUUUUGAUUGUGUAAA